AUGCAUCAACGUCGAAGAAUUUUUGUUCAAUUUUUCCGAUAUCUUCAAUUCAUCGUUGUGCCUCCCUUCCACCCGUAUGGUUCCGUCAGACGCCUUAUUUCUCAAAUCGGGGUCAAGCAGCAGAAGCAGCGCCGAACUAUUGGGCCAACUGCCAGCGUAGAUAUUCCAACUCAACCUCCUCUACCUAAUUCCAAUUCUCCGUCGUUGAUUGUUACAUCUGCAGCCAGCACACUAAAACCAGGCAAAGGCAAGUUAUCUCACUGCUUUCUCUCGUCAAAUUGGCACAAGACUAAUUCAAGCUAA